UUGAACAUGGGCCUUAGUUUAACAUACAGAAGCCUAAAGAAAAACCCCAUUCUCAGUUUCUUAAAUUAAAAUGAUGUCCUGACCUAAAACCCUAAUCUUCUUCCCGUUGUUUCUCCUUUCAUAUUACGCCGAUUCAGAUAUACGCCGAGGUGAUGGCUCCAAAACAGCCAAACACAGGCCUGUUUGUUGGGUUGAACAAAGGUCAUGUUGUCACCAAGAAGGAGUUGGCUCCUCGCCCAUCUGAUAGGAAAGGCAAAACAAGCAAAAGGUCACAUUUUGUGAGGAAUUUAAUCCGUGAAGUAGCUGGAUUUGCACCAUAUGAGAAGAGGAUUACGGAGUUGUUGAAAGUUGGAAAAGACAAACGUGCCCUUAAGGUGGCCAAGAGAAAGUUGGGUACCCACAAGAGAGCAAAGAAGAAGAGAGAGGAGAUGUCUAGUGUGCUUCGCAAGAUGAGGUCUGGGGGAGGUGCGGAGAAGAAGAAGUGAGAUUUAAUUUUUUAGCAUAAUUUUGUUAACUAUUUUUAUUAAUUAAAGUAAAACUUCAACUUAAGCUGAGAUUGGGUACCUUUGUACUUAUUUCUUUUGAAAAGAUAUGUCUUCUCUAUUA